AUGUCCUCCUCACUAACGAUGCGGCGCUCAUUCAUAGCGCUCGAGGCUUUGGGUCUGCAGAGUGUACGACCUACACGGUCAAUCCUGUACUCACGCCGUCUUCCGUCAAUGUCAAUGUCAAUAGACAACUACUACUACACCUCUCGACGAGCUCAAUCAACCUCAACACCAACUACACCUCCCAAGUUUACGCCUUCCUCUUCCACAAAAACCUCCACAACAACACCGACAACAGCAACAACAACAACAUCUUCUACCCCCACCUCCUCCCCAACGACACCCAACAUCGCCAAAACCGGCCUCUCCGACAAACCCCUCGACCUCUCACCAUCAGGCUACGACCCUUCAAGCGAAAAAAUAGACUGGACACGCUCCUUCCACGGGAUAAGCACGACCCCAUUCGCACCCGAAAUCGUCUCCGUGCUCUUGGAAGAAGUCAACAACGAAGACGUCGAAAUCAAACCCGACGGAAUCGUUUAUCUGCCAGAAAUCAAAUACAGAAGAAUACUGAACAAAGCGUUUGGUCCGGGGGGGUGGGGUCUUGUGCCUAGGAGCGAGAGUAUUGUUACACCCAAGACGGUGACGAGGGAGUAUGCUUUGGUUUGUCAUGGGCGACUGGUAUCAGUAGCCCGCGGCGAACAGGAUUACUUCAACCCCGACGGCAUCCCUACCGCGACCGAAGGAUGCAAAUCCAACGCCUUGGUACGCUGUUGCAAAGACUUAGGCGUUGCCAGCGAAUUGUGGGAUCCGCGAUGGGUUCGCAAGUUCAAGGCCCAAUACGCCAAAGAAGUGUUUGUGGAGCAUGUGGUUAAUAAGAGGAAGAGUAAGAUUUGGAUUAGGAAGGAUGAGGAGGUCGCUUAUCCGUGGAAGGCUACCAAGUAA